GACAGGGAAAACCUCACACAGCUUCCUUAUUGAAACGUCAUUGCAGUUAUUCAUUUGUUCCGUUGUGCUGCAGUAUCACUUAUGAAGACAUUUUAAAUCAAUUUUAUAUAAUAUUUUGAUCACAAAGCAAAGAGUCUGGUAUUACUGAAUACCCUUAUUAUUUGUUUGGACAUAUUCAAUCUGAAUCACCAACACUUGUUACAUCAGGAGAGAUGAAAGCAGCUACUGUAGUUUCUCUCACCAUGGCAGUACUUUCAGGUAAGUCUUUACCUGCCGUUCUCCACAGACACAGACACAGACACACAAAGGUAAAACGGGGAUGUUAACUGCAUAGUGGAGAGAGGUGCAAGAGAAGUGUUUAGCUUUUAGUUAUUAGUUUACCUUCAUUGUUAUUUUUCUUCUCCCUACCCAGCUACCAAAAUUACUUUCCAGGACGUGACCACAAAGUUAUUUUAGUCACUACAUAAGUCAUGAUAACAUUAUUGUGAAACUUACAGACAAUGUUCCAAAAUGCUUUUCUAUCAUUCCGAUUGUAACGUCAUAUGAAGACAAACCAUAGCUCUAAAUGUAACGUCAUGAAAUGUUCCUAGGAUAUCUCCAAAAUAACAUGACAUUCAGAACCUUUCAUGGACUACCAAGGAACGUUUUUAAUGUUCCCAUGAUGUCUGUAUAGCGACCUGAUAUUUAUAACCUCUAUAAUACUUAUUAGAAAUAUCCGUUUUGUGCCCUGGAGUGUGUUUGACGCAGUUCUGCGUAAACCUGUAUUUUGCGGAUUAAAACCUGUUAUUCUGUGAUUUACCCUCCUGCGCCUGACUCCUUCAACACCACCUCAUCACAUUACCCAUAACAUGAUGCAGCCACCACUAUGCUUGAAAAUAUGGAGAGUGGUACUCUGUAAUGUGUUUUAUUGGAUUUGCCCCAAACAUAACAUAAACAAACAUAUUCAGGACAAAAAGGUAAUUGCUUUGCCACUUUUUUUGCAGUAUUACUUUAGUGCCAGGAUGCAUGUUUGGAAUAUUUUUUAUUCUGUACAGGCUUCCUUUCAAUUAGGUUAAUAUUGUUGAGUAACUACACUAUUGUUGACACAUCCUCAGUUUACUAUCACAUCCAUUAAAUUCUGUAACUGUUUAAGAGUCACCAUUAGCCUCAUGGUGAAAUACCUGAGCGGUUUCAUUCCUCUCCGGCAACUGAGUUAGGAAGGAUGCCUGUAUCUACUGUAUGUACUGACUUGGUGUAUUGGUGUACACCAUCCAAAGUGUAAUUAAUAACUUCACCAUGCUCAAAGGGAUAUUCAAUUUCUGAUCUUUUUUUUUUUACCCAUCUUUGCGAGGCAUUGGAAAACCUCCCUGUUCUUUGUUGUUGAAUCUAUUUGAAAAUCACUGCUCGACUGAGGGACCUUACAGAUAAUUGUGUGUGGGGUACAGACAUGAAAAGCAUGUUAAACACUGUUGAUGCACACGGUCCAUGCAACUUAUGUGACUUGUUAAGCAAAUGUUUACUCCUGAACAUAUUUAGGCUUGCCAUAUUUACUCGUAAAUAACAAAUGAACAUAAACUCCACGCAGGGAGGACAAUCCCGCUCACCAGUCGAUAACACCAAACAUAGAACAAACACGCACACAACACAGUGGGAGCCAGAGGGUUAAAUAGGGACCAAAUAAUAUACAUAAUGGGAACCAGGUGUGUACAAUGAAGACAAAACAAGUAGAACACAGAAACAUAGAUCGGUAGCAGCUAGUACUCCGGUGACGACGAACGCCGAAGCCUGCCCGAGCAAGGAGGAGGAGCAGCCUCAGCUGAAUCCGUGACAGUACCCCCCCCCCCCCCCCCCCUUGACGCGCGGCUCCAGCAUUGGCCUCGGGGGCGGCCAGGAGGACGCGGCGCAGGGCGAGUCGAAUGACGACGGUGGAAAUCCCUCAACAUGGAGGGAUCGAGGAUGUCCCUCCUAGGGACCCAGCACCGUUCCUCCGGACCGUACCCCUCCCACUCCACGAGACACUGCAGGCCCCCCACCCGACGCCUUGAAUCCAGGAUGGAACGGACCGAGUACGCCGGUGCCCCCUCGAUGUCCAGUGGGGGCGGAGGAACCUCCCGUACCUCAGACCCCUGGAGUGGACCAGCUACCACCGGCCUGAGGAGAGACACAUGGAACGAGGGGUUAAUACGAUAGUCAGGAGGAAGCUGUAACCUAUAACAAACCUCGUUCAAUCUCCUCAGGACUUUAAAUGACCCCACAAACCGCUGACCCAGCUUCCGGCAGGGCAGGCGAAGGGGCAGGUUUCGGGUCGAGAGCCUCACUGCGGUGGCGGUUGGCACUCGCCUUUAGUCGCCUGAUGGCCCGUUGCAGGCGUACAUGGGCAGUGUUCCAGGUCUCCUCCGAGCGCCGAAACCAUUCAUCCACCGCAGGUUCCUCGAUCUGGCUCUGAUGCCAUGACCGGCUGAUAAUCUAAUACACAUUGAAAUGGAGAAAGGUUAGUGGAGGAGUGGCGGAGGGAGUUUUGGGCCAUCUCUGCCCAAGGGAUGAAAACCGACCACUCCCCCGGCCCGUCCUGGCAAUAGGACCGCAGAAACCUACUCACAUCCUGGUUUACUCUUUCCACCUGCCCAUUACUCUCGGGGUCAGUCCCUUGAGGUGAACUGGGAACCCCGAUCAGACACUAUAUCCUCAGGUACCCCGUAGUGCUGGAAGACGUGUGUACAUAGGGCCUCCGCAGUCUGUAGGGCCGUAGGGAGACCGGGCAGAGGAAUGAGACGGCAGGACUUAGAAAACCGAUCCACAACGACCAGGAUCGUGGUGUUCCCUUGUGACGGGGGAAGGUCCGUAAUGAAAUCCACCGAUAGGUGGGACCACAGCUGUUGUGGAACGGGUAGGGGUUGUAAUUUCCCUCUGGGCAGGUGUCUAGGUGCCUUACACUGGGCGCACACCGAGCAGGAGGAAACAUAAACCCUCACGUCCUUAGCUAAAGUGGGCCACCAGUACUUCCCACUAAGACAGUGCACUGUCCGACCGAUGCCAGGAUGACCAGAGGAGUGUGAGCCCAAUAGAUAAAUCGAUCGCGGACAUCUAACGGCACGUACAUACGACCCUCUGGACACUGGGGGGAGUGGGCUCUGUACAUAACGCCCGCUCGAUGUCCGUGUCAACCUCCCACACCACCGGUGCCACCAGACACGAAGCCGGAAGUAUGGGAGUGGGCUCCAUGGACCUCUUCUCUGUGUCAUACAGCCGGGACAGAGCGUCUGUCUUAGCGUUCUGGGAACCUGGUCUGUAGGAAAGGGUGAACACAAAACGGGUGAAAAACAUGGCCCACCUUGCCUGGUGAGGGUUCAGUCUCCUCGCUACCCGGAUGUACUCCAGAUUGUGGUGGUCAGUCAAAAUGAGGAAAGGGUGUUUAGCCCCCUCAAGCCAAUGCCUCCACGCUUUCAGAGCCUUAACCACAGCUAACAGCUCCCGGUCCCCCACAUCAUAGUUGCGCUCCGCCGGGCUGAGCUUCUUCAAAAAGAAAGCACAGGGGCGGAGCUUUGGUGGCGUACCCGAGCGCUGAGACAGUACAGCUCCUAUCCCAGCCUCGGACGCGUCCAACUCUACUGUGAAUGCCAAGGAGGGAUCUGGAUGAGCCAGCACUGGAGCCGAGGUAAACAGGUCCUUCAGGUGACCAAAAGCCCUGUCCGCCUCAGCUGACCACUUCAGUCGCACCGGUCCCCCCUUCAGCAAGGAGGUAAUGGGAGCCGCUACCUGACCAAAGCCCCGGAUAAACCUCCGGUAGUAGUUGGCAAACCCUAAGAAUCGCUGCACCUCCUUAACCGUGGUUGGAGUCUGCCAAUUACGCACGGCCAAAAUGCGGUCAAUCUCCAUCUCCACCCCUGACGCGGACAGCUGGUGCCCUAGGAAGGAGACAGACUUUUGAAAGAACAGACAUUUCUCCGCCUUGACGUACAGGUCAUGCUCCAACAGUCGACCAAGCACCUUGCGCACCAGGGACACAUGCUUGGCUCGUGUAGUGGAGUAUAUGAGAAUGUCAUCUAUAUACACCACUACACCCUGUCCAUGCCGGUCCCUGAAAAUCUCAUCAACAAAGGAUUGGAAGGCUGAUGGAGCAUUCAUCAACCCGUACAGCAUGACGAGGUAUUCAUAGUGCCCAGAUGUGGUACUAAAUGCCGUCUUCCACUCAUCCCCCUCCCGGAUACGCACCAGGUUGUACGCGCUCCUGAGAUCCAAUUUGGUGAAGAAGCGCACCCCGUGCAAUGACUCCGUCAUACUAGCAAUGAGAGGUAGUGGAUAACUGUACUUAACAGUGAACUGAUUUAGACCACGGUAGUCAAUGCACGGGCGUGAAGUGGAAAGCCGAAUGUAUCCCUGUCCCAGAGAGUCGGAGACAUAUGUUUCCAUAGCAGCCGUCUCUUCCUGUGACAGAGGAUACACAUGACUCUGGGGAAGUGCAGCGCCUACCUGGAGAUUUAUCGCACAAUCCCCCUGUCGAUGGUGUGGUAUUGAGUCGCCUUCUUUUUACAGAAGGCGAGAGCCAAAUCUGCAUAUUCGGGGGGAAUGUGCAUAGUGGAGACCUGGUUUGGACAUUCCACCGUAGUUGCAUCUAUGGAAACACCUACACACCUCCCCGAGCACUGACGUGACCAUCCCUUGAGAGCCCUCUGUUCCCAUGAAAUCGUGGGGUCAUGAGAGGUUAACCAGGGAAGCACCAACACCACUGGAAACGCAGGAGAAUCAAUCAGAAAGAGACUAAUUCUCUCCUCAUCACCCUCCUGCGUUUUCAUCCAGAGUGGAGCUGUGACCUCCCUAAUCAGGCCUGACCCUAAAGGGUGACUAUCUAAGGCAUGUACAGGGAAGGGCACAUCAACAGGAACAAUAGGAAUCCCUAAUCUACGGGAAAAUGUACGAUCAAUAAAGUUCCCAGCUGCGCCUGAAUCUACCAAUGCCUUAUGCUGGGAAUGCAGGGAAAACUCAGGAAAUUCGAUGUCAAUAUACAUGUGCGCAACAGGGAGCUCUGGGUGAGUCGGGUGCCUACUCACCUGCGACGGUCCACCAGUGCUCUGCCUGCCGCCUCGACUCCCUGAGGACCGUCCCCAGCACCGUCCAGCAGUGUGUCCUCUGCGGCCACAGUUGGUGCAGGAGACGGCCCCCCUUCCGGUCUCCCUGAGAGCAGCACCUCCAAGCUCCAUCGGUGUAGGGUCGGAGGAUGGAAUGGACGGACCCUGAUCCGGACGUCCGCGGGUCGCCAACAGGUUUUCCAGCCUUAUCGACAUAUCCACCAGCUGGUCCAGGUUAAGGGUGGUGUCCCUGCAGGCCAGCUCCCGACGAACGUCUUCCCGUAGGCUGCAUCGGUAGUGGUCAAUCAGGGCCCUCUCAUUCCAUCCCGCGCUGGCAGCCAGGGUCCUGAAGUCCAGUGCGAAGUCCUGUGCGCUCCUCUUCCCCUGUCUGAGGUGGAACAGACGCACCGACGCCGCAUCUAUUCCUCCCCACUCGGCGUUGGCCAACUCGAGCGCUCUCCCCGACAGACAGGAGAUGAGGGCGGACACGCUCUCGUAUCCCGAGGGAGCCGGGUGAAUGGUAGCCAGGUCGAGCUCUACCUGGAGCAGAAAACCCUGGCACCUGGCAGCUGUACCAUCAUAUGCCCUCGGGAGCGAGAGCCGAAUCCCACUGCACCCAGGUGACCAAGGGGUGGACAGCGGUGUGGGUUGCUGUGUAGUUGGAGGAGGUGUAGGAAAACCCCCUCUCUCCCAUAGCUCCAUGGUGUUCAACACGCGUUCCAUAGCUGUGCCGAGAGUCUGUAUAAUGGCCCCCUGCUGUUGGACGCGUUCCUGCACUGAUCCGGAAGGAAUGAAUGUACCUGCUGACUCCAUUUGAGGUGCGUGUUUCUGUCAGGCGUCAGUGUGUAGCGGUAGGACGGAGUCAGGCGCAGGACACAGAGCUAGUAGACAACGUACUUUACUCGUAAAUAACAAAUGAACAUAAACGCCACGCAGGGAGGACAAUCUUGCUCACCAGUCGAUAACACCAAACAUAGAACAAACACGCAUACAACACAGUGAGAGCCAGAGGGUUAAAUAGGGACCAAAUCAUAGACAUAUUGGGAACCAGGUGUGUACAAUGAAGACAAAACAAGUAGAACAUAGAAACAUAGAUCGGUAGCAGCUAGUACUCCGGUGACGACGAACGCCGAAGCCUGCCCGAGCAAGGAGGAGGAGCAGCCUCGGCUGAAUCCGUGACAUAUAUUUAGUUUUGCAGAAAUAAUUUGCCUUCUGUAAGUUUAAGAAAUAUUGCCUAGUGUCUUGUCAUUCUGUUACCAAAACCCACAAAUCUUUAAGAGGAUAAUGAAAGUUCACAGAAGUAAGAAGUAAAGGUUUACUUAACAAUUAGUGUUUUUACUGAUAACAAUUUGGUUUAUGACUUAUUAAGAAAUCAAAUCACUUUAUUCAGUUACCAUUUCGGUAACAGAAUGACCAAAAGAAUCAGUAACAGAAUGACUGCAAUUGAAUUGGCUACAAUGGGAAAUCAUAGUACUCACAAACCACAGUUGGGUCACCUGCUACUGUCCUCCCUUCCACUGGCAUACAGUUAUGUUCAGCUAAUAACUGUUAUUUAUUUAUUUCUGUCACAUGGUGGUCAAAGCAAGAGAGAGAAAACAGUCUGGAGAACCCCUCCCACUCUCUCUCCCUGUCUCUCUUCUCUCUAUCUCCAGUUAGUAUCACCUCUCACAGUUCUUACUGACACCUACCCAUGAGACCCCUCUCUUUCCAUUUAUUGUAACCCUCACCCACUGAGCACCGACCGACACCGGACUUGCAUGGACGUUGAACAUUUGUUCAGUCCAAAAUCGAACAAAUCAUAGACAGCACAGUACAGUAAGGAUAUAGGUCUGUACAAUACAGUACUGCACUGUACAGUAAAGUUUAGUACAGUAGAGCACACUAUAGUAGAGUGCAGUGUAAUUUACUGUAUUGUACUGUACUGAACUCUUUUACUCUACUGAACUGAACUAUACUCAACUGUAUUGUGUUGUAGUGUAUUGAACUGUACUCUGUACUGUAUGUGAUGUCCAAACUUGUGAAACAUAGACGUCUAUGAUUGGUACAGAUUUGGUCUUGUUUGGGGGCGGAGCUCAUUUGAAUAAUAGCCAGUGUGUAGAACAGGGGUAGGCAACCCUGUUCCUUGAGUGUCGCAUGUACUGCAAUAUUUUGUUCCAACUAGGCACCACACCUGACCAACUGAGCUAAUUGAUCAGUUCAGUGAUUUCCUAAAUUCAACACAGUGCCUGCGGGCACUCCAGGAACAGGGUUACCUACCCCUGGCGUAGAAUAAUACUCAAACAUGCAAAGGGGGAUAUUACAUUUUUCUAUCUUUGUGUACAAAUUCAGGAUACAUCACCAUGAGAAUGACAUUCAUAAUUAUGAUUUUCUGUAUUGUACAGAUCAGGGACCCCUGGUGUAAUUCUGUUACCAUCAUUCUUUUACCGGGUGUUAAUCCACUUCACUUACUGUAGUUCAAUAACUAGAAGAGAUGUUUUCAAACUAUAAAAGGUGUUAUAUAACUGACACCCCAUUCUUUCUGCAGUUAUCUUUGAAUCUUAAUUCGGAGUAGAUAUUUAACAGAGCUUUGGGAAAACUUGGUCACAUUCUGUUACCCAACUUUACAUCUGCACUGUUCUUCGAUUAAAGGUAUUUUUGUAAAAUGUUCAGUGGAAAUUGUUAAAAGUAGUCAUAGAGUUUUAUGGCAUGUUUAAUUUUGCAAUCAAUUGUUUUUAUUUGACAUACUUUUAAAGUGAAACAAUUUUUGUCUCAGCGUCAUUCUGUUACCGUGGAAUUGCCCUAAAUCAUUCAAAAAAUAGAAUUAAAGGGGUCCCGAGUGGCACAGCGGUCUAAGGCACUGCAUCACAGUGCUGAGGCACCACUACGGGUUUGAUCCCAAGCUGUGUCACAGACGGCCAUGACCGGAAGCCCCAUAGGGAAGCGCCAACCGGGUUAUGGGAGGGGUUGGCUGUGACACCUUGGGUAGGGCCGGGCACCUGCAACCUGACUUUGGUCGUCAGUCGAGCUGUGUUUCCUCUGAGACAUUGGUGCGGCUGACUUCAUGGUUAAGUGAGCAGUGUCUUAAGAAGUACCGCGGCUAGGCGGGUCAUGUUUCGGUCAUGUCUCAACCUACCCAUAGAGGAGAUGUAGCAAUGAGACAAGGUUGUAACUAACUAUCGGGGAGAAAAUGGGGUAAAAAAAUCAUUACAAUAUACAAAAUAUUUAAAAAAGGGAAUGAAUGUAUUCAUAGUAGGCUAACAUAGGCUGUGAUGGCUUUAAAAAAAGAAUGGGAAUGCUCUGAUUAGAGGAAGCAGAGUUAAUGGCGUCACUCCUACGCGACGCUCGUCCCUCAACCAACAGUGCAGGAGAAAUCAAUGCGCUAUCUGACGUAAGACAAUGAAGUCCAACAGUGAUUUUGAAGUUGGAACAAUUCUUCAACCAAUAAGAUUUUUACUAGCUUGUUAGGCUAGCUAACAUGACUAAUAAUACAGUUAGCUAGCUUGCUUAACCUUGACAAUGUGGUCUACAUUAUCCAUAUUGAAAAGGUUGUAGUUGUCAAAUGGUGUUACAACAUUUUCUCAGAGUUUCCCACUUAUAGACCCCCCAACUUGGAGGGUCGUUCAAGUGAAAUGUCCCACUUGGAACUAGGAGCUACCGACAACUCCUAUACAGGAGCACUUGAACACAGCAUAAGUAGGCCUAGUUGGGCUUGAUAAGGUGACGCCAUAAUGUCAAUAAAGACGCCUUACAUUCAACAAAUCCAAUUAGCUCUUCAUAAGGCCUAUAAUAAUUAUAAUGUUUGAUGUAGCUAAUGUAAUGAUGAUGAUGAUGAUUAUGUGCAAGCCGAAAUGGGUAAUCUGCGAUUGCUCCAUACAUUUCUGGACUUUUAAAUUGAUGAGAUACUGUAUAGCCAUUGAUUCUAGAAGAAUAUAACUUAUAAAUGCCUCAUGAGUUUAGUUCAACUGUCUAACCCCAUCAGAGCCCAAAAUAUCAGCUUGUUUUACAAUUGUUUGUCAAUUGUAAACCAACAUAUCUACAAACAUACAUUUGGGGUGUGGUGAGUGUGAGGGGUUGCUGCAUAACACUACUCCCAUAGCUUUGGUGUCCCUCUUACAGCGAGUGUACCCAUAUUCAGAAAACACUCAUGUUUGAACCAGCUGAACUUUGCUCUUCUGAAAUCUGAUAUGUCUUUGAUUACAGCAUUUUGUGUUUGUUUUGGAGACAUGAUAAUCAUGCCCUGUUAUUGUUUCCUCAGGAUAUUGUGCUGGUCUAGGAGUGCUUCCACCUGGACCCGUGAUUGGAACAUUGGGAGGAAAUGUGAUUUUCAAAACCACCGUCAUUCCAACCACAUUUGAUACAAUUGUCUGGACCUUUGGUGAUCCCCCUGUUUUCAUUGUUGACUUUCUCAUCUCUAACGGUCCUGUGGCCGGACAGGAAUAUGUUGGUAGGAUCAGUCUGGACAAUAGCACUGGAUCUCUGGAGCUCAGGAAACUGACCCUGAAUGACAAUGGAACAUACAGAGUGAAACUAAGAAAGGGUAGUGUUAUUGAGGAGGGAUCUACGUCACUGAAUGUUUAUGGUGAGUUCCAAAUGUUGCAGGGUAAGGUAUGUACAUAAAGUUACGUUCACUAACGUUACAUUCACGCAGGGCAAAAUUUUGAGAACAAUUGUCAAACUAGUUUUCUUUGAUCAAUUGUCAAACUAGUUAAGACGAUCUAAGCAAGGCUGGCUGAAAUCCCUAAGGUUGAGAUACCGUAUGAAAACAACCGCUCACUCAUUUAGGUCAACUACCAAUUCUGGGUCAACACUUGGCGUUUUAAAUGGUUUUGAGCAUUAUUGCAACAUGGGCUGAACACAAUAUUCUAUACUUUUACAAAUUACCUUUUGAAAUGGUAUGUUCUCGUUUUUCCCAAUUUAUGAGAGGAUUGUUCUUAGGUUGUACCUAGGUUAUCUACUUUUGAACGUAGGCUUCUACUUUGAGAAUACAUUUUUAUUUACUCAUUCUUUUUUAAACGUCCAGGCAUUUCUGGCAAUGAAACAUUGAAUGUGACAGGCCAAAGUACCCUAAAAUAAUGUUGCAAUUUACUAUCAAUUGGUAAACCUAAACUCUUUUGCAAUAGGGUGGUGCAGUAAGAGGAGGUCUUUCAUUAGCUGGCUUGUCAUCACUGGUCAGGUGGGGCCUGUUGUGAGCAAGGUAUUGUAGCGGACGAAUGGACAGGGUCGUGAACCCAGGUCACUGGCAGGAUAGGAAAACACCCUACACAUUGUGCCAAUAGGGUUUCCCCAGUGGGAAAUGUAAUGUGGCUUAUUAGCAAAGAUCACUACAGUACCUUAUCUUCCAAUCUGGCAGACAAUGACAGACAAGAAACAUCUCAUUCAUUAUGUGUAUGUUUUCUCAUAAUGUAUGCAGUGUGCCAACAAUGUGGACUCUGCUACCUCAUGUGCUGUAGCGUGGAAAGAGUCAAUAGAGCAAAGCGCGAGCCAGGUACCUGGUUGGGGUAAAUACUAGCAUGCCUAAACAUGACAAUGCCUUAACUUAACUUUACCCUAACCCUAACCUUAACCACUUGCUAGCAUGCUUAAACUAAAUAUGUAAAAAAACACAUUAUGUGCAAAUACACAGUGAGUCUGCAAGGAAUCAUUUAACUAUGCUCGAAACAGUAUUAUUAUGUGUCUGUGCUUUUGUAGUGAGCAACAGUGCAGUGUUUUGUAAAUAAAGGCCAUGGUGUUCUGAGUAAUUUUAUAACAGAGUGGCUGCGGAUCCGAAUUCUCUGGAACCAUCUUCAGAAAAGCUAAAGGUCUGUGGCUCUUACGCAUGUGUGUGAUUCUCGACUUCAUGCACAGUCUAUGUUCUACUCGUUCUGUUGCCCAGAGAACAGGCUACUCGUGGCACAUUUCAGUGAUGAAUGGAGAAUGGUGCUUGUUUAAUAAAGUUAGAUCAAAGCUGAAUCAAUGUAUGCAAGAACACAUAAUGAUCUUAUUCUACAUAUCAAAACCGAAUAUAAAAGCAUUGUAUAACUUUUUACUGUAAGACAAAAAACACCACCGCAUUUCUUACAAUAUUUUAGGAUGCAGCCAAAUCUCAACAGCGUGCCCCACUAGGCAAGAUAUAUGCUUUGAAGAAUGAAGAAUGGCACCGGAGGAGAUGGCUUCCAUUUUACGGGCUCCUAACCAAUUGUGCUAUUGUGUGUGUUUUUUUGCGUUAUUUGUAACUAAUUUUGUACAUAAUGUUUCUUCCACCGAUUCUGCCACCGUCUCUUAUGACCGAAAAGAGCUUCCGGAUAUCAGGACAAUGAUUACUCACCUCGUACUGGACAAAGAUUUUUUCUUUAACGAGUCGGACACGAAGAGUUUUCUUCAGACACCAAACAAGGCCCAAAUCCCAGUAAUUCGCAUGAGAAAGUGACAGAGAUAUCGGGCACGUAGGUCGGGGUGCCUUGUAAGGAUCCGACGGCGAGUGGGUAAUCAGCCUCUACCAUCAGUAAUAUUAGCCAACGUACAAUCAUUGGAUAACAGAAUAGACAAACCACGAUCUCGGAUAUCCUACCAACGGGACAUUAAUAACUGUAAUAUCUUAUGUUUCACCGAGUCGUUGAACAACGACAUGGAUAACAUACAGCUGGUGGGAUAUACGCUGCAUAGGCAAGAUAGAACAGGCUGCCUCCGGUUAAGACAAGGGUGGUCGAAUAACAUCGUGCGAAAUAGCAAAGUCUCCAUGGGGGGGUUUUAAGGGGGAGUAAAUUUUUUAAUUUUAAAACGGGAGUGGCUUGGCGGGUUCCCAAAAAUUUUUCCCUUUCUUGAAACCCUUUUUUUCAAAAAAAAAAGGCAAAGGCCCCUUGGUGGGCUUUUUUAAAAAACCCGGGGCUUUUUUGGUUUGGGGGGGUUUUUUUUUUUUUUUUUUUUUUUUUUUUUUUUUUUUUUUUUUUUUUUUUUGGGGGGGGGGGGGGGGGGGGGGGGGGGGGGGGGGGGACCUUUCAGGGCACCGAUUUUUUACCGCCGGGUUCCACAGGGGAAACCCAAGGCAAAGGGGCAUUUUCCCCCGGUGAAAUGGGUGGUUUUUUUAAAAAGUUGGUCAAAAUUAAUAAUUUAAAAAAAAUUAAUGUUUUUCAAACCUUAUAAAACCGAAAAAAAGGGACAUUUUAAAAUUUCCCAAAAAAAACCCCCCCAAUUUUUUUACCUUUUAAACCACCAAAUUCGGGCGUGCCCCAUUUCAAGAUUAAUCGGGAAAUAAAAACCCGGAAAAGGGCUUCCAAAGGGCUCCUUUCCAAGGGGGCCGGGGAUUUUUUGCAGGGAACCCCUUUUAAAUUUUGUUUUCCCAACCCCAUUUCCACCCCCUUUAAAAAAAUUGGCGGGCCCAAGGGGGAAAACCUUUAACCCCGGUUUCCCCUUUAACAUUAGGACACGAAAUUUUUUCCCCGGCCCCCCCUUUCGCAUUCCCGAAACCCCAAAUUCCCCCUGUUCCUUGUAAAAGGCAAAAAUUUAAAUUUAAAACCCAACUCCAUACUUGGAAUAAAAAAUUUUUCAAACCAGAUCUAACCUCCCAAGGUUUCUGUUUUUUUAGCCCCAGCUUUAAAAAACCGGAAUUUUAAAUACAUUUGGGGGAAAAUAUUUCCGGCUUGCAUAAAGGGAAAGUAAACACGCCCCCAAACGGGGGUGAGGGGUCUUUUAAUUUUUAAACCCCCCAAACCAAAACCAAUAUUAAGGAAAGCCAAAUGGCAAAAGGGGGUAGGGGGGUUCCACUUUGGGCCGGUGGACUUUUUACCAAGUAAAAGGUUUUUUUUUUGCUACCCCCUUCCCCCCCAAACCAAAAACCCAUAAAAGGGCAAAGGGCCAAAAAAAACGGGGAAAAGUUUAAACGUUUAACCUUUUUACAAAAACAAACCCUUUUUUCCCAUUUCCGCAGUUGGGGCCCAGGGGUUUAAAACCUUUCCCUCCAAGGGGAAGAAAAAGCCCCCCCCCCAAUUUUGGCAAACCCUCCCAAACCCAAUUUUUCCUAUUCCGUUUUCGGGGCAAAAAACAAAUGGAAAAGCCCAUGCCGGGAAAAAAGAAGUUUUCCCGGAAAAAGUGAAAAUGGGGGUUUUCCUUAGCCGAUGGAAAAAGCCUUUUAAACAGGGGUCAACUUUCCAAAAGGCCCAUCCAAAAUUGGAUUACCAGGCCCGUGUACUCCCCCCCCAUUUCGCCAAACCAACUGGCAAAGGGUCUCCACUUUAAAAGGGGGCCCUCCCGGUCUUAAAAAACCGUUUCCCCCAAACCACCAAACCCGGCCCAAUAAAACAAGAACCCGAAAAUACCCGGGACCGAGCCCGUCAGUGUGGGGGGCCCUUUGAAACUUUCAGGCUCGGGGAAAAACACCCAUUUCCCAAAGACCCACCUCCCCAAAUUUUUGCUCCCGGGGCCCCAACAAAAACCACAGAUGACCCUUUUUUCACCCAAACGCCCCCCAAGCCGGGGGUUAAGGGAAAACGGUCCUUAAAAGGCCCCCGUAUUCCCUUUUUCCCCAAACCCUGCCCCAACCCUUUAAAUUUAACCUUCCUACUGAUUUUUACCCUGUUUUAAAGAAAUGUUUAACAACAUUUUUUUUUCUUUAAAUGCCAGGGUUUUUAAUCCUUGUCCGGAAUCUUUAAACUGGGGUCGGCCCAUACAAACCCUUUACCAGACCCAUCCAAGCAUACCGCCCCAAUUUUUUGUGAUUUUUGGCCCCACAACCCCUCAACCCGGGGGCCCCUUGGGGGGGCCCCGUGCUCCCCCCCCUGACUCACGAGGACCCAUUUUGUAUUGGGCACUUUUUUUACGGAAAUUUAAAUUUUUUUAAUUUUUAAAAAAUUUAUUUUUCAAAACCCAUUUUUUUAACGGAAACCUUUAACAAAUCUCCAAAAUUUAUCCUUUUUAAAGGGCCUUUUUAAAUUAAUUGGGCCCAAAGGUUUUGGGGGGAAAAAAUUGGGAAUAAAAACCCAAAGGGGAAAUCAAAAUAAAAAGGGGUGUUCCCCCGGGUUGGGCCCCCUGUUGAUUGGAAUUAAGAAAAUUUAAUUUUUUUUUAAUUGCCCAAACCUCCCCUGAACACCAUCCCUUUAAGCAAGGGUUUCUUUAAAAAAUUUGGGCCAAUUUAAAUUAAAUUUUUCAAAUUUUGUCAAAAAAAAAAGGAUUCUUUUUUCCAAAAUUUUUUAAAAUUUUAUAAAAGUUAAAAGAAAUUCCCAAAAACCCAUUAAAAUUUUUCCACAAUUUUGGGUUCAUACGGGACCAUUCAAAUAAAUUAAAAUUUUUUUCCCCAUUUCAUAAUUUUUAAAAACCCCCAAUUUUUAAAAAUUUUUAAAAUAUCAUUUUCCUAAAGUAUUCAAACCCUUUAUUUUACUUUGUUAAUUUCCCCUUUUAAAGGUUUUAAAAGCCCUCAUCUUUUUUAAAAACCCCCCAAAAACCCUUGGCCACCGUAUUAAAUUUUCUCCUUUUUCCCCGGGCCGAAGUCAAUCCGGGGGUUUUUGACUUUUAAACGGAGGAGGGGGAGGCCCCCUUUUCCCGAACCCCUUUAAAAAGGCUCUGUCAGGCUGGAUGAGUAGCGUCGGUUCACAGCUAUUUUCAGGUCUCUCCAGAGAUGUGCGAUCGGGUGCAAGUCCGGGCUUUGGCUGGGCCACUCAAGGACAUUCAGAGACUUGUCCCAAAGCCACUCCUGCGUUGUCUUGGCUGUGUGCUUAGGGUCGUUGUCCUGUUGGAAGGUGAACCUUCGCCCCAGUAUGAGGUCCUGAGCACUCUGGAGCAGGUUUUCAUCAAGGAUCUCUCUGUACUUUGCUCCGUUCAUCUUUCCCUCGAUCCUGACUACUCUCCCAGUCCCUGCCGCUGAAAAACAUCCCCACAGCAUGAUGCUGCCACCCCCAUGCUUCACCUUAGGGAUGGUGCCAGGUUUCCUCCAGACGUAAUGCUUGGCAUUCAGGCCAAAGUGCCUUGAUACAAUCCUAUCUCGGAGCUCUACAGACAAUUCCUUCAACCUCAUGGCUUGUUAUUUGCUCUGACAUGCACUGUCAAUUGUGGGACAAGUGUGUGCCUUUCCAAAUCAUGUCCAAUCAAUUGAAUUUACUACAGGUGGACUCCAAUCAAGUUUUAGAAACAUCUCAAGGAUGAUCAAUGGAAACAGGAUGCACCUAGCAAAGGGUCUGGUGUUUCAUUUUGAAUUAAUUUGCAAAAAUUAAAAACAAAAACUGUUGUGUGUAGAUUGAUGAGGAAAAUGUUUCAUUUAGGCUGUAACGUAACAAAAUGUGAAAAAGUCAAGGGGUCUGAAUACUUUCCGAAUGCACUGUAAUAAUUGUACAUGUAAUAAUACAUAAAGUUACAUACAAAAAGUGUUUAAAAAAAAGUAGGCCAUUACCCACUUUAAGAAUAAUUACUUUUUUUUAGGCCUUGCCAAUGCAUUGAUAUUCCAAUUAUUAUUACAUUCUAAAAUCUGUGAGAAUAAUGUGGACAUUGCCUAACUAAAUAGAUUGGAUGCAUGCAUGGUGAUUUUCUGUAGGCUAUGUGGCCGAUGCAGGCACACAUAAUAAAGCCAUGAAUAGCGGUAGCAUUAAGCUCACCAUUUGAAUCUCACCAUCUCUGUUUUUAUGAGAAAGUGACCGAAAACCAGGUAGAUUUUUUAAUGGAAGGAUUUCCCGUGUAGCUCAGUUGGUAGAGCAUGGCGUUUGCAAAGCCAGGGUUGUGGGUUCGAUUCCCACGGGGGGUCAGUAUGAAAAAAAAAAGACUAAAAUGUACAAAUGUAACAUUAGAUGUUGUUGUCCUCAUAAUAACCACAUGUGGUUUUACUGUGCAACACCCUUCAAUUGAAGCAGUGGGAAACAAAUGGAAGUGGCCACAUAUCUUACAAAAACAGAUCAAAAAUGAAAUCACUGAUAAUAAUAAGGGAGCAGGAGAACUUGUAAAUUGGCUACAUUAAUUAAAAGUAAUUUUCAAGCACCAAAUUGAGGAAAUGUCUGAUUUUCAAGGUAGACCUAUUCCAGUACUUGAUUUUUUUUUGCUUCAAAUUCAAGAUCAAUUAUGCUACUUCAAGCCCCAUGCAUUGUAAAAAAUUUUUUUUUAAUGUUUAUUGAUGCAAUGAUGUGUCAAUAUAAGUAACAUAAUAAAAAAAUCCCUAGAGCUAGAGAUAUCUGUCUUUUAGCAUGGGCUGCACCUCAAUCCAACGUAUCCGCCUAUGGUGGCCUUCCGCAUCUGCUAUUGCAGCAUCAUGGCUUUAGACACCUUGGAACACCUUGCUUUAGACAAAUGCAUUUGUACACAAACACCUUGACAGAUGUCAUCUACGCUCUCACCCACAGAUCCCAUUUCAAACGUGACUCUGAGGGCCAACGUCAUUGAUCUAGUGGAACUGAAUGACACUGCCAUUUUCACCUGCUCUGUGUCCUCUGGCUCCUCCCCCCUUUCUUACCACUGGCUGAAUGGCAGCUCUGAGGUCACAGCCAGAGAUGGAAUUCAGCUUGGUGAUGGAGGCCGUACUCUCACCAUAGCCAAUGUGACCCAGUAUGACCAGGGUCCAUACAGGUGUAUUGUGUCCAACCCCGUCAGCAGUGAACCCAGCCAGAAUCUAACCCUCACCAUCAGCUGUGAGUCUCUAACCUGCAUAUCUAACUUAUCUGCAUGCAGAGAAAGUCAAUUUAUGUAAACUUUGUUUAUCUUUCACCAUGUAGUUCACGUACAGUACUGUAGUCAUUUCUUGAUUUUGCUUGCAGCAGUACCUGUCUGCUUAACUCUAACUGCUUAAGUAUAACUACGUAUAUUGCAUAUAAUGUCAGAUGCUUCGGUUACAACGUUAUUGCCUGUUCUGUAUAUCACUAAGACCUGCUUAGGAAAACAGGCUUGUGGCAGGUCUUAAUGUUUUUUUCUUUUCUUUUAUCACUUCAUCCUUUUGCCCCUAAGAUGUAGCUUAUAUUUCUGUUGAAUCCAGCCUGCCUACUGUAUGUGUUGGGUGGCUGAUUGCUGGUGAUGGGACACUGAAGCUAGCUAGAUAGAUACACUAAUGAUAACAAUAACCAUCUUAAAUGGGUCAUUUGAAGAUGGUCUAAAAAGUAUCAUUACAUCACUGUUGGUGAACCUCCCCUCUUUAAUGCUGGGGUUAAACAUGGACCAUUCAUUACAGAUGGUCCAGAAAACACAAGAAUGAAGGUGACCCCUCUAGAUGUACUGUAUGGAUCAGGGUCAAACCUCACUCUGUCCUGCUCAGCUGAGUCCAGACCUCCUGCCCAGUUUCAGUGGCUUCUGAAUGGAACACUGCUGUCCAAUAUGGGACCAGAACUCAGGCUGGAGAACAUCCAUGCCAAUCAGAGUGGUAGCUACAGCUGCUGGGCCCAUAAUACCAGAACCCUGAGGUACCAGACAUCUGAGCCCUCUGACAUCACUGUGCUGGGUAAGUGGCAGAGAGGAGAGGAGAUGGAGACAGUCAUGGGAGGAAAGAGAGAGACUGGCUCUGGGGUGUCAUGGCUGAACUAACUGAAAUGUUUGUAAGGUUUGUUCUCAAGACCUUUGCAAGGUCUUUGAGUACACCAUCUUCCUCGAUGUGCAGGGGUACGAGCCCUGGUGUACUUCAUAAACCAUUUCAAUUUCCAUAUCUACUAGGAAGCUAAAUGUUUGUUUCUUGGGCUUCAGGAAUGUGACUGAAAAAGUGCCUCACGUCUUGAAAAAUAAAAAAAUUAACUGAUUGAAAGUAUAAGGGGCGAACAAAUGCCAUGGACAAGGCUACAAUGGCGCCAGUGCAAUGAGAGGAGCUUACUCAGGUGUUCAAUAGCUCAUAUCAGACCAAGAGCCUAAUGCUUUUUAUAUACUGUAGUUCACUAUGAGUUUUAGUUUAGAAAACGAUCUCUUGGCAGAAGCAACAGUUACAGGGAUGGUAAAAACAGCUUGAUUGCCGUAGCAACAUCAGGGAAUCUGGGCAGUAGGGAGGAGUGCUUCAAAUACAGCAGUUCUGCAACAUCUUUAAUUGAGCCUCUCAUUCUCCUUAAUUGCCUGCCUCAAAACAUUAUGGAGAGAUUGGAUACUGCAAAGCCAAUAAAUUGGCAGAUGCAAACAGAUUAUAAUAUUUAGCGGACAACAGUUCUUGAGGGCUUGAAAAAGGAAACAGUUAGCGACUGUGUUACGCCAGUGCGAGGUAAUUAAGCAGAUAUGUACAUAUAACUAGGAAUAAAGUGACGGAUAAUAAACAGUAACAGUAGCAGCAGCGUAUAUGAUGAGUCAAAAGUUAGCGCAAGAAGGGUCAAUGUAGAUAUUCCGGGUAGCUAUUUGUUUAACUAACUACAGUGGCUUGCGAAAGUAUUCACCCCCCAUGGCAUUUUUCCUAAAAUAGAUUUUUUGGGGGGUUUGUAUCAUUUGAUUUACACAACAUGCCUACCACUUUGAAGAUGCAAAAUAUUUUUUAUUGUGAAACAAACAAGAAAUAAGACAAAAAAACUUAAAACUUGAGCGUGCAUAACUAUUCAUCCCCCCAUUGUCCUGCUGGAAGGUGAAUCUCCGUCCCAGUCUCCAAUCUCUGGAAGACUGAAACAGGUUUCCCUCAAGAAUUUCCCUGUAUUUAGCGCCAUCCAUCAUUCCUUCAAUUCUGACCAAUUUCCCAGUCCCUGCCGAUGAACAAUAUCCCCACAGCAUGAUGCUGCCACCACCAUGCUUCACUGUGGGGAUGGUGUUCUCAGGGUGAUGAGAGGUGUUGAUUUCUGAGCCAGACAUAGCGUUUUCUUGAUGGCCAAAAAGCUCAAUUCUAGUCUCAUCUGACCAGAGUAACUCUUCCAUAUGUUUGGGGAGUCUCCCACAUGCCUUUUAGCGAACACCAAACGUGUUUGCUUAUUUUUUUCUUUAAGCAAUGGCUUUUUUCUUGCCCCUCUUCCGUAAAGUCCAGCUCUGUGGAGUGUAUGGCUUAAAGUGGUCCUAUGGACAGAUACUCCAAUCUCCGCUGUGGAGAUUUGCAGCUCCUUCAGGGUUAUCUUUGGUCUCUUUGUUGCCUCUCUGAUUAAUGCCCUCCUUGCCUGGUCUGUGAGUUUUGGUGGGCGGCCCUUUCUUGGCAGGUUUGUUGUGGUGCCAUAUUAUUAAACAAUUUUAAUAAUGGAUUUAAUGGUGCUCCGUGGGAUGUUCAAAGUUUCUGAUAUUUUUUUAUAACCCAACCCUGAUCUGUACUUCUCCACAACUUGGUCCCUGACCUGUUUGGAGAGCUCCUUGGUCUUCAUGGUGCCGCUUGCUUGGUGGUGCCCCUUGCUUAGAGGUGUUGCAGACUCUGGGGCCUUUCAGAACAGGUGUAUAUACAGUGGGGGAAAAAGUAUUUAGUCAGCCACCAAUUGUGCAAGUUCUCCCACUUAAAAAGAUAAGAGAGGCCUGUAAUUUUCAUCAUAGGUACACGUCAACUAUGACAGACAAAUUGAGAAAAAACAAUCCAGAAAAUCACAUUGUAGGAUUUUUAAUGAUUUUUUUUGCAAAUUAUUAUCACCUACAAACAAGCAAGAUUUCUGGCUCUCACAGACCUGUAACUUCUUCUUUAAGAGGCUCCACUGUCCUCCACCCGUUACCUGUAUUAAUGGCACCUGUUUGAACUUGUUAUUAGUAUAAAAGACACCUGUCCACAACCUCAAACAGUCACACUCCAAACUCCACUAUGGCCAAGACCAAAGAGCUGUCAAAGGACACCAGAAACACAAUUGUAGACCUGCACCAGGCUGGGAAGACUGAAUCUGCAAUAUGUAAGCAGCUUGGUUUGAAGAAAUCAACAGUGGGAGCAAUUAUUAGGAAAUGGAAGACAUACAAGACCACUGAUAAUCUCCCUCGAUCUGGGGCUCCACGCAAGAUCUCACCCCUUGGGGUCAAAAUGAUCACAAGAACGGUGAGCAAAAAUCCCAGAACCACACGGGGGGACCUAGUGAAUGACCUGCAGAGAGCUGGGACCAAAGUAACAAAGCCUACCAUCAGUAACACACUACGCCGCCAGGGACUCAAUUCCUGCAGUGCCAAACGUGUCCCCCUGCUUAAGCCAGUACAUGUCCAGGCCCGUCUGAAGUUUGCUAGAGUGCAUUUGGAUGAUCCAGAAGAGGAUUGGGAGAAUGUCAUAUGGUCAGAAUGAAACCAAAGUAUAACUUUUUGGUAAAAACUCAACUCGUCGUGUUUGUAGGACAAAGAAUGCUGAGUUGCAUCCAAAGAACACCAUACCUACUGUGAAGCAUGGGGGUGGAAACAUCAUGCUUUGGGGCUGUUUUUCUGCAAAGGGACCAGGACGACUGAUCCGUGUAAAGGAAAGAAUGAAUGGGGCCAUAUAUCGUGAGAUUUUGAGUGAAAACCUCCUUCCAUCAGCAAGGGCAUUGAAGAUGAAACGUGGCUGGGUCUUUCAGCAUGACAAUGAUCCCAAACACACCUCCCGGGCAACGAAGGAGUGGCUUCGUAAGAAGCAUUUCAAGGUCCUGGAGUGGACUAGCCAGUCUCCAGAUCUCAACCCUAUAGAAAAUCUUUGGAGGGAGUUGAAAGUCCGUGUUGCCCAGCGACAGCCCCAAAACAUCACUGCUCUAGAGGAGAUCUGCAUGGAGGAAUGGGCCAAAAUACCAGCAACAGUUUGUGAAAACCUUGUGAAGACUUACAGAAAACGUUUGACCUGUGUCAUUGCCAACAAAGGGUAUAUAUCAAAGUAUUGAGAAACUUUUGUUAUUGACCAAAUACUUAUUUUCCACCAUCAUUUGCAAAUAAAUUCAUUAAAAAUCCUACAAUGUGAUUUUCUGGAUUUUUUUUUCUCAUUUUGUCUGUCAUAGUGGACGUGUACCUAUGAUGAAAAUUACAGGCCUCUCUCAUCUUUUUAAGUGGGAGAACUUGCACAAUUGGUGGCUGACUAAAUACUUUUUUCCCCCACUGUAUACUGAGAUCAUGUGAUAGAUCAUGUAUCAAUUAGAUUGCACACAGGUGGACUUUAUUUAACUAAUUAUGUGACUUCUGAAGGUAGUUGGUUGCACCAGAUAUUAUUUAGGGGCUUCGUAUCAAAGGGGGUGAAUACAAAUACACGCACCACAUUUCAGUUAUUUAUUUUUUUGAAUGUUUUGAAAAAAGUUUUUUUUUUUAUUUCACUUCACCAAUUUUGACUAUUUUGUGUAUGUCCAUUACAUGAAAUCCAAAUAAAAAUCCAUUUAAAUUACAGGUUGUAAUGCAACAAAAUAGGGAAAACGCCAAGGGGGAUGAAUACUUUUGCAAGGCACUGUAUUUAGCAGUCUUAUGGCUUGGGGGUGGAAGCUGUUCAGGGUCCUAUUGUUUCCUGUUGGGUCCAGACUUGGUACAUCGGUACUGCCUACCAUGCGGUAGCAGAGAGAACAGUCUAUUACUUGGGUGGCUGGAGUCUUUGACCAUUUUUAGGGCCUUCCUCUUACACCUCCUGGUAUAGAGGUCCCAGAGGGCAGGGAGCUUUGCCCCAGUAAUGUACUGGGCCGUACGCUCUACAAUCUGUGUUGCCAUGCGGUCCAAUGCCAAGCAGUUGCCAUACCAAGCUGUGAUGCAGCCAGUCAUGAUGCUCUCAAUUGUGCAGCUGUAGACGACGUCGUCCCCACAUUGACCGUACGUACAUACAGUGCUAUGGAAAAGUAUUUGCCCCCUUUCUAAUUUUCUCUACUUUUGCAUAUUUGUGAUACUGAAUGUUAUCAGAUCUUCAACCAAAACCUAAUAUUAGAUAAAGGGAACAUAAGUGAACAAAUAACACAACAAUUACAUAUUUAUUUCAUUUACAAAGUUAUGCAACACCCAAUUCCCCUGUGUGAAAAAGUAAUUACCCCCUUACACUCAAUAACUGGUUGUGCCACCUUUAGCUGCAAUGAUUCCAACCAAAUGCUUCCUGUAGUUGUUGAUCAGUCUCUCACAUCGCUGUGGAGGAAUUUUGGCCCACUCUUCCAUGCAGAACUGCUUUUAUUUUAUUUUAUUUAACUAGGCAAGUCAGUUAAGAACAAAUUCUUAUUUACAAUGACGGCCUACACCGGCCAAACCUAGACGACGCUGGGCCAAUUGUGCGCCGCCCUAUGGGACUCCCAAUCACGGCCGGUUGUGAUACACCCUGGAAUCGAACCAGGGGGUCUGUAGUGACGCCUCAAGCACUGAGAUGCAGUGCCUUAGACCACUGCGCCACUCGGCAUUACUGGAAACAUGUCGUCCAAAAAGUUAUACUUUUGAAUCAUCUGUCCAUAGAACGUUCUUCCAAGAGUCUUGAUGAUCAUCCAGGUGCUUUUUGGCAAACUCGAGUCAACUUUUUGGAUGAUAUGGGUCCCAUUUUGCCUGGCGAAAACCAAACACUGCAUUCCACAGUAAGAACAUCAUACCAAAGGUCAAGCAUGGUGGUGGUGGUGUGAUGGUUUGUGGAUGCUUUGCUGCCUCAGGACCUGGAUGACUUGCCUUAAUAGAAGGAACCAUGAAUUCUGCUCUGUAUCAGAGAAUUCUACAGGAGAAUGUCAGAUCAUCCGUCUGUGAGCUGAAGCUGAAGCGCAGCUGGGUCAUGCAGCAAGACAAUGAUCCAAAACACACAAUCAAAUCUACAUGAAAAUUGCUAAAAAGCAACAAAUUGGAAGUUUUGGAAUGGCCUAGUCAAAGUCCAGACCUAAUCCCAAUUGAGAUGUUGUGGCAGGACUUGAAACGAGCAGUUCAUGCUUGAGAACCCACACGUCACUGAGUUAAAGCAGUUCUGCAUGGAAGAGUGGGCCAAAAUUCCUCCACAGCGACGUGAGAGACUGAUCAACAACUACAGGAAGCAUUUGGUUGGAGUCAUUGCAGCUAAAGGUGGCACAACCAGUUAUUGAGUGUAAGGGGGUAAUUACUUUUUCACACAGGGGAAUUGGGUGUUGCAUAACUUUGUAAAUGAAAUAAAUAUGUAAUUGUUGUGUUAUUUGUUCACUUAUGUUCCCUUUAUCUAAUAUUAGGUUUUGGUUGAAGAUCUGAUAACAUUCAGUAUCACAAACAUGCAAAAGUAGAGAAAAUUAGAAAGGUGGCAAAUACUUUUUCAUAGCACUGUAUCCUAACCAGCUGCCACUUUGAAGGAGUGGGACAAUAAUCCCGGUGCUUAUAAGAAAACCCGCUACGUCCUCCGACAAACCAUCAAACAGGCAAAGCGUCAAUACAGGACUAAUAUCGAAUCCUACUACACUGGCUCUGACGCUCGUUGGAUGUGGCAGGGCUUGCAAACUAUCAAGCGUUACAAAGGGAAACCCAGCGCGAGCUGCCCAGUGACACGAGCCAACCAGAAUUAAGAUGUUGUCAUAGAUUUGAGAGCUCUUCUGCACCUAUUACACUACUAAACUUAAUAAUUUAUUUUAUUUAUGUUUUACAUACCAUGUGUGGGCCUUUACUUUCUUUAUCAUACACAAAGUUUACCAUGUUGCAUUUUCAUUUCACUUGUGCUUUGUGUUUUCAGGCAACUGUUACUGUUUGACAAAAUAAUAUAUAAUCUACAUUAUAAACUCGGUGGUUUGAGCCCUGAAUGCUGAUUGGCUGACAGCCGUGGUAUAUCAGAUCAUAUACCACGUGUAUGACAAAACAUUUAUUUUUACUGCUCUAAUUACGUUGGUAACCCGUUUAUCAUAGCAAUAGGGCACCUCUGGGGUUUGUGGUAUAUGGCCUAAGAAUUUAACCGUGGUAUAUUGGCCAUAUACCACACCCCUUCGUGCCUUAUUGCUUAAUUAUAAUCUAGGCUACAAUCUGUAUUAUCAAUUCAAUUCUGAUUUAUAUACCAUUGUCCUUCACAGAACCAAUAUCUGGUGCUAUCAUCACUACUACCCCAAAUCCUCCAAUCAUCGAGGGGAAUUCUGUCAACUUAACAUGUGAUGCUUCUGGCUCCAUCAUCACCAGAGAGUGGAUGAAGGAUGGUCAGCUUCUGUCUGCUGGUGGCAACAUGAUCAUCUCUGAGGAUAAGAGAGUGCUGUCCAUAAACCCUGUGAAGAGAACAGACAGUGGAGAAUACCUGUGUAGAGUUAGCAACCCCAUCAGCACCGCUGAUGCUACACACGAUCUCAUUGUAAACUGUAAGUAGGCCUACUCUGCUAUAAACCUGGGGUUACAAUUACUGUGUUUUAACUGCUGUUGUUUCUUGCAUUAAAAUCUGACAGUCACAGUGUAAAUGCUGGAUAUGCAAGAUAUUACAGAGUAAAUCUAUGGAUAUAUACAGGGGCGCAACAUUCACUAAGGACGGGGGGGAGAUGUCCUCCCCAUUUUUGUCCCCCAAAGAUUUAUUAUUGGAAUGUGAUACAAAACCCGGCUGGGUGUGCUUUAGGACCAUGCGGAAGCCUCUGAGCGGUUAGGUAGACUCUUUGGAGUGUUUAUCCCCACUUCUAAAACCAAAGUUGCGCCCCUAAAUAUAAAUAACAGUUUGAGUGUGUAACAUCACAUUGAUUACCAACUAACAAACACAUGGCUACCUCUAAUUGGAACUGGUGAUCUCUGUGUUACAGAUGGACCUGAUGGUAUGGAAAUCAAGGGUCCAACUGAAAUAGAAGUAGGACAGAAGUUAACAUUGACCUGCUCUGCUGACUCCAACCCCCCUGCUAGUUACACCUGGAUGCUCAAUGGAACAGAGAUACCUGGACAUUCACCUGAGUUCACUAAAGAAAAUAGUGAAUACUUUGACAGUGGGGAUUACACAUGUACAGCAACAAAUGAUGUCACUAGAAACAAAACAUAUGUGGUCCAUAAACUGUCAGUAAAAGGUAAAGUUAGCUGAAGCUUUAAAGACAAUAUGAGCAUAGUAAAUCGAUAGUAAUUACAUUUUUAAGAAUCUCCAGCUUGCAUAGCAUACAGUAGGCUAUUUCACUUUGUACAUAUGUAAACUACAGUAGUUUUUACGCCAUAGUGAUAUCUAUUUUAAAACCUGCUGCUGAUAUGCUAUGUAAGAAUGUUCCAUUUAGAAAACUUGCUGCAAGAUGAUUCAUUUGUAUUAGUUUUGCAUUUCAAACUUGUUUUGAAAUAAUGCCAUUAGGUGUAUUUGUUGUAUUGUAAUUGUCACCCAGAUGCACUGUAAUGUGCAGUACUGAUUGUUCAUUGUGUGUAGCCUUUCUCUCAUCUCUGUAUGGUUCUAUCCCUGGACUCUGCAGCGGUGGGCUCUCUAUCUCAGGGUCUGUCUGCUGGUGCCAUCGCUGGGAUUGUGAUUGUAGUAUUGAUGGUUGUGGGAGUGGCGGUUGGUGUUGCAGUCUACUUCACGAAGAAAAAGGGGUGAGAAAAAAAAAAUACAGUUUGAAAUCAGAUUUGUUUUAUUUAGUGAUAAAUAAAGAAUAUUAUAUCAAAUAUUAUUUAUCAACUUUUUGUAUGAAGAAGUUUAACAAUGGAAUCCAUUUCACUUAAGUAUAUCACUUACUGUAUUCUUUGUUUUUGUCUUGGGGCUUUAGCUUGUCUCCCAUGCCAACAGCCUGAAUUGUGGGUCUGUGCAUACUUACUUACUAUCUGUCCCACGUAUCCUUGCUCUAUAUGGUGUCUUUGGGUUAAAUUGAUUGGGUUAGCUUUGAAAUAGUUUUUAUAGCUCAAUGCGGUUUUGAGAGACAACCAAAUACUUAGAAGUAUUUUAAGAUACCAAUGAAGCCCCAUUUUGUUGUAGUAUCACCCACCUGUAAAUCAGUCUACCUGCCAAAUAAAAUAAAAUACAAUUUUAUUUCUCACAUGUGCCGAAUGCAACAUGUGUAGUAGACCUUACUGUGAAAUGCUUACUUACAGGCCCUUAACCAACAACACAGUUAAAAAAAUAGAGUUAAGAAAAUAUUUACUAAAUAAACUAAAGUAAAAAAUUAAAAGUAACACAAUAAAAUUACAUAACAAUUGUCACGCUCGUUUAUAGACGGGACGGACCAAGGCGCAGCGUGAUAUGCCAACAUGUUUAUUUAACGAAUAAACACACAACAAAACAACAAACGAAACGUGAAGUCCAAGGUAGCACACAAACAACAUACCUUACAUGGAACAAGAACCCACUAGUGCCAAUAGGCUACCUAAGUAUGGUCCCCAAUCAGAGACAACGAGCUACAGCUGCCUCUGAUUGGGAACCACACCGGCCAACAUAGAUCUACACGAUCUAGAUCUAAACAUAGAAAAUGCAACAUAGAACAUACCACACAGAAAAUACACACCCUGACUCAACAAAUACGAGUCCCCAGAGUCAGGGCGUGACAACAAUAAAGAGGCUAUAUACAGGGGGUACCGGUACCGAGUCAAUGUGUGGGGGUACAGGUUAGUCGAGGUAGUUUGAACAUGUAGGUUGGGGUAAUCUGCAAAGGAGCUUUUUGGACCUAGACUUGGCGCUCCGUUACCGCUUGCUGUGCGGUAGCAGACAGAACAGUCUAUGACUUGGGUGACUGGAGUCUUUGACAAUUUUUUGGGCCUUCCUCUGACACCUUCUAGUAUAUAGGUCCUGGAUGGCAGGAAGCUUGGUCAUGUACUGGGCUGUACGCACUACCCUCUGUAGCGCCUUAUGGUCGGAUGCCGAGCAGUUGCCAUACCAGGCGGUGAUGCAACUGGUCAGGAUGCUCUCGAUGGUACAGCUGUAUAACUUUUUGAGGAUCUGGGGACCCAUGCCAAAUCUAUUCAGUCUCCUGAGGGGGAAAAGGUGUUGUCCUGCCCUCUUCCCGACUGUCUUGGUGUGUUUGGACAAUGAUAGUUUGUUGGUGAUGUGGACACUAAUGAACUUAACUCUCGACACGCUCCACUACAGUCCUGUCGAUGUUAAUGGGGGCCUGUUGGGCCCUCCUUUUCCUGUAGUCCAUGAUCAUCUCCUUUGUCUUGCUCACAUUGAGGGAGAGGUUGUUGUCCUGGCACAACACCUCAUCCCUAUAGGCUGUCUCAACGUUGUCGGUGAUCAGGCCUACCACUGUUGUGUCGUCAGCAAACUUAAUGAUGGAGUUGGAGUCGUGCUUGGCCACGCAGUCGUGGGUGAACAGGGAAUACAGGAGGGGACUAAGCACGCACCCCUGAGGGGCCCCGGUGUUGAGGAUCAGAGUGGCAGAUGUGUUGUUGCCUUCCCUUACCACCUGGGGGUGGCCCGUCAGGAAGUCCAGGAUCCAGUUGCAGAGGGAGGUGUUUAGUCCCAGGGUCCUUAGCUUAGUGAUGAGCUUUGUGGGUGUUGAACGCUGAGCUGUAGUCAAUGAACAGCAUUCUCACAUAGGUGUUCCUUUUGUCCAGGUGGGAAAGGGCAGUGUGGAGUGCGAUUGAGAUUGCGUCAUCUGUGGAUCUGUUGGGGCGGUAUGCGAAUUGGAGUGGGUCUAGGGUGUCCGGGAUGAUGGUGUUGAUGUGAGCAAUGACCAGCCAUUCAAAGCACUUCAUGGCUACCGACGUGAGUGCUACGGGGCGGUUGUCAUUUAGGCAGGUUACCUUGGGCACAGGGACUAUGGUGGUCUGCUUGAAACAUGUGGGUGUUACACUCGGUCAAGGAGAGGUUGAAAAUGUCAGUGAAGACACUUGCCAGUUGGUCAGCGCAUGCUCUGAGUACACGCCCUGGUAAUUCAUCUGGCCCCGCGUCCUUGUGAAUGUAUUUUUUUAAAAGUGUUAAGUAAAAAAAAUAAAAGCAAAUAACUAAAGAGCAGCAGUAAAAUAAAAUAACAUUAGGGAGGCUAUAUACAGGGGGGUACCGGUGCAGAGUCAAUGUGCGGGGGCACCGGCUAGUCGAGGUAAUAUGUACAUGUGGGUAGAGUUAAAGUGACUAUGCAUAAAUAAUAAACAGAGUAGCAGCAGCGUAAAAGAGGGGGGUUGGGGUGAGGGGGCAGUGCAAAUAGUCCGGGUAGCAAUGAUUAGCUGUUCAGGAGUCUCAUGGCUUGGGGGUAGAAGCUGUUGAGAAGCCUUUUGGACCUAGACUUGGCGCUCCGGUACCGCUUGCCGUGCGGUAGCAGAGAGAACAGUCUAUGACUAGGGUGGCUGGAGUCUUUGACAAUUUUGAGGGCCUUCCUCUGACACCACCUGGUAUUGAGGUCCUGGAUGGCAGGAAGCUUGGCCCCAAUGAUGUACUGGGCCGUACGCACUACCCUCUGUAGUGCCUUGCGGUCGGAGGCCGAGCAGUUGCCAUACCAGGCGGUCACAACCCACAGAGGGAAACCACAACUGUAUGCAGUAUAAACAGGAAGAAAGGGGGAAAGUAUUAGCUUUGUGGCAUUUCUCCCUGACCUCUGACCCUCAGGUUUAUGUGUCUCUCUGACCAAUAGCUGAAACUAAAACAGAUGUUUGUCAAUGAUGUGGUUGCCUGAUUCCUAACAGACUUUAACUCAUGUAACUUAUAAGGUUAGAGGCCAUGGAGAGAUAUUUCUAAUGUUCGGUAGUCAAUUAUGAAUUCCUAUGUUGUCACCAUUUGUUUAGAGACCAUUUACUGUGAUAGAGCCCUAUCAUAAGUUGUCUCUGUGUUUUAAGGUAUGGCUUUUCAAGUAACCAAACACACAUUUCUGGAAUCAGAUACGCAAUCAUCAGUUAUAAUAAGAGAGGGUUUCAAAAUAAAAAGUAAUAAACAAUGUGUGAAGGCUGUGGAAAGGUCAGUUGAAGGGCAGUUGACCAUUACCUAUAGGUCAUUAUAGACGGAUAACAACCAAAGUAUUGCGCCGCCGCGUGAAGAGGAGAUACAUUGAGUAUACUGUAGUUUACAGUAAAAUGAGUUUAUAAUCUGAUAACAGGUUAACCCUCUCUGUAUUUGGCUGGCAGGGCUGAUUGUCAAUGGUUGUUAUGAAGAAAUAUAAUUGUACAGAAUUUGUUGGUGGUUCACAAUGCAUUUGCCUCAUCUAAAUUAAGCCUACAUGUGUCUCUGCAAAUAACAAUACAAAUUUCCCAAAGAUACUGACUGCUCCCUAAUUUACAUUAGUUUAUUCAAGAAGGAAUCCUCCAGUGGAAAUGGUGUUGGCAACAGUAAGUAUGAGUUAUGUGUCUCACAUGCAUCCAUUAAUUUAGUAAAUAAUGUAUAUGACCAAUUAAUGACCUUAUGGUCUACAUCUACUUCUGCUCUGUCUACUACCACUCUAGUAGUAAAUGGAUCUCCAUAUCUCUAUCCACUGGCACAUACUGGUUGAAUCAACGUUGUUUCCACGUCAUUUCAAUGAAAUUACAUUGAACCAACGUGGAAUAGAUGUUGAAUUGACGUCUGUGUCCAGUGGGUCUGUUCCCAGCUCUCUGAAUACCUAAAUUCCUCUGUCUACGUGGGCAAACAAUCUCUGCUCCGGCUUACCAUAAUCUUCUGCACAGACGCACAAAAUAUGAACUAAUGAUACAGUGGGGAUAAAAAGUAUUUAGUCAGCCACCAAUUGUGCAAGUUCUCCCACUUAAAAAGAUGAGAGAGGCCUGUAAUUUUCAUCAUAGGUACACGUCAACUAUGACAGACAAAAUGAGAAAGAAUAUUCCAGAAAAUCACAUUGUAGGAUUUUUUAUGAAUUUAUUUGCAAAUUAUGGUGGAAAAUAAGUAUUUGGUCAAUAACAAAAGUUUCUCAAUACUUUGUUAUAUACACUUUUUUUUGGCAAUGACACAGGUCAAACGUUUUCUGUAAGUCUUCACAAGGUUUUCACACACUGUUGCUGGUAUUUUGGCCCAUUCCUUCAUGCAGAUCUCCUCUAGAGCAGUGAUGUUUUGGGGCUGUCGCUGGGCAACACAGACUUUCAACUCCCUCCAAAGAUUUUCUAUGGGGUUGAGAUCUGGGGACUGGCUAGGCCACUCCAGGACCGUGAAAUGCUUCUUACGAAGCCACUCCUUCGUUUCCCGGGCGGUGCGUUUGGGAUCAUUGUCAUGCUGAAAGACCCAGCCACGUUUCAUCUUCAAUGCCCUUGCUGAUGGAAGGAGGUUUUCACUCAAAAUCUCACGAUACAUGGCCCCAUUCAUUCUUUCCUUUACACGGAUCAGUCGUCCUGGUCCCUUUGCAGAAAAACAGCCCCAAAGCAUGAUGUUUCCACCCCCAUGCUUCACAGUAGGUAUGGUGUUCUUUGGAUGCAACUCAGCAUUCUUUGUCCUCCAAACACGACGAGUUGAGUAUUUACCAAAAAAUUAUAUUUUGGUUUCAUCUGACCAUAUGACAUUCUCCCAAUACUCUUCUGGAUCAUCCAAAUGCACUCUCAGAUGGGCAUGGACAUGUACUGGCUUAAGCAGGGGGACACGUCUGGCACUGCAGGAUUUGAGUCUCUGGCGGCGUAGUGUGUUACUGAUGGUAGGCUUUGUUACUUUGGUCCCAGCUCUCUGCAGGUCAUUCACUAGGUCUGGGAUUUUUGUCACCAUUCUUGUGAUCAUUUUGACCCCACGGGUGAGAUCUUGCGUGGAGCCCCAGAUCGAGGGAGAUUAUCAGUGGUCUUGUAUGUCUUCCAUUUCCUAAUAAUUGCUCCCACAGUUGAUUUCUUCAAACCAAGAUGCUUACCUAUUGCAGAUUCAGUCUUCCCAGCCUGGUGCAGGUCUACAAUUUUGUUUCUGGUGUCCUUUGACAGCUCUUUGGUCUUGGCCAUAGUGGAGUUUGGAGUGUGACUGUUUGAGGUUGUGGACAGGUGUCUUUUAUACUGAUAACAAGUUCAAACAGGUGCCAUUAAUACAGGUAACGAGUGGAGGACAGAGGAGCCUCUUAAAGAAGAAGUUACAGGUCUGUGAGAGCCAGAAAUCUUGCUUGUUUGUAGGUGACCAAAUACUUAUUUUCCAACAUAAUUUGCCAAAAAAUUCCUAAAAAAUCCUACAAUGUGAUUUUCAGGAAAAAAAAAUCUCAAUUUGUUUGUCAUAGUUGAUGUGUACCCAUGAUGAAAAUUACAGGCCUCUCUCAUCUUUUUAAGUGGGAGAACUUGCACAAUUGGUGGCUGACUAAAUACUUUUUCCCCCCACUGUAACCUACUAAUGUUAAGCAUCAUGCCUGUAAUCUAAGGCAAUGCUUUCAAUUAAGGUGUGAAUAUAGACACUCAAAUAAUUGGGAAGCCUAUAUACUGUAAACUACAGCUCCAUCUCGAACUGCAGUUUGUGUGUCAUCUCAAUAGGUACAAGCUCUGCUAACGGUGGGGGACCAGGAGGAAACCAGGUACUUUGCACUGUCAUGUCAUGCAUUUAACUGUCAUGUAUUCUGUUUUCAUAGCUUCCAUAGUACAUUGGUUUAUCUGAUAUGCUUUUAUUCCUUUGAUUCUGCCAUUUUGAGUAAAAAGAGCUGCACACUGGGCUUCAUGUACAGUAUCAUAUCUUGUCUGGCUAUCAGAGAUCCUGAUCAGCAUAGUAAAUAUCAGUGUUGUGUAAGACCGAAGAGAAUAAUGUAAUGAUAAUAAUCACAGAUAGCCUCGUCACAGUGUAGAGAAAGAUGGGUCAAUAUAAUAGUUAUAAUCAUUAUAUAACUAUAUGACUAUAAUAGUUAACAUAGCCUACCUAGAGCUUGGCUCUGGUGCUAUAUCUCCUGGCGUCUCUGCUAAGCAGCAGUCUGGCCUUUGACCAGGUUUAUAACCUCACAUCAUUAUAGUGAUGAGCACAAUUCCAGGCAGGGGCAGUAUGCAUGGCCUGUUUACUGUAAGGCUGAGGGACUUUGCUCCAGGAAGAUACAAUUAUAUUGAGCUUACACAACUUUUAUUGUGAAGUAUUUCAAAUAGAUGAAACUGUUUCCUCAGUUCAGACAAAUGUAUUUCUGUCAAGUGCCACGAGCCUUAAUGUAUCCAAUUUGGCAGCAAUUUAAUCUUUCCUGAAACUUAACCGAAAUAAAUAUGAAAGCUAUGAGGAACUACCUUUGUAAUCAACACCACUGACCUCUUUCAAGAUGACAAUAGAAACAUGCCAACCUGCUCAUAAUGAGCUAGUCUGGUAACUGGUUCACUAGCCGUGUGACACACCUUAUCUCCUGGCAUGCAAGGCUAGUAAUGACCACACAGUUUGAGGGGAUGUAACAAGCUCCCUGCCCUCAAGAAGUUGUAUGAGAAAUAACCAAAAGCAUGUUGACUGAACUAACUCUGUGUUUGCAAUUAUCCACUGCUCUGGUGCUUAUAGCUCUAGAAGUCAGGCAGUAUAAGUGGGGAACUGAGUUUUUCCAUUUCAGGUCAUGGUCAGGACUUAACUAGGACAUGUCUCUACUCUGUCCUCCUAGGACCUGAACUAUGCAGACAUCACGCAAUUCCAGAAGAGGGACGGUGGGUCAGUUCAGCUGGGGAACCUGGGUACUUCCUCCACAGAGUACGCUCAGGUCCGAGUCAACAACCGGCCUGGUCAGCCUGCCAAACCGCCCACCUACCAAGCCCACCAAUCCCAGUAUUCCCAGGUGAAAAAGCUUGCCCUUAAGACUGCCCCCGAUGCUGCAUCCACCAUCUACUCAGAUGUCCGAAGGAACUGA